AUGAACAAAGUCGGCUUCAUCUCUUUCUCGGAUGACCAGACCAAGAAAGUCAUUGGCACCCGGAACUUGAACAGCUGUACGGCAGUUAUGCUUGCUUCCACAAAAGGCGCCAUCCUGGCCCACAUAUCUCCCUUACCUGGCCCGACCAAUGACCCUGAUGCUGGGGAAAAGCAUGUCCGAGAGAAAAUGACCGAGUUUGUUGAUCUGUAUUUAUUCAAGAAGGAUAUCCGUCUGGGGCCUGAAAUGAAACAGUCCGGGAUUGUGUGCGGGAUAUACCUGGGACAGAUCGCUGUUCCCGAUCAACAGCGCCUGAUCGAAUCCAUUCUCCAAGAAAACUUGGAGGAUAAGCCGCGGCCCAAGGUGAUCCCUUAUCAGAUCAACGUUGGUGGCCAUAACCAAGCUGCUGGGGGAACGGUUUUUAUUGACGGAAGGCACCCGCUCCCGAAAGUCUAUGUUGAGGAUAAGGACCAAGGAUGGUUUUGA